AUGUCUACGGGCCAUCCAUACCACAGCCUCCUACUGCCUCGCAAUGCAUUAUUCGAGUUAAAACCUUCACCAGGCAAAGGAUGGGGCGCUUUCGCAACAAAACACAUUAAACGAGGAUCUCUAAUCUUGAGGGAAAAGGCCCUCUUCUUUAUUCCGGAGUCGCAUGUUGAUAUCAUGGAAUGCAACAUUUUUACGGCCUUUAUGCAACUGUCGCCCAGCCAGAAAGAGCAGGUUUUACUGCUUCGAGAUAAUGGGUCAGAGAAAUUUCAAUCAUUCGUUGAUAUUCUAUCCGAAAACUCUUUCGCUGUUGGGGCAGAGUAUCCCGGCCGAGGACUGUUUACCAUUGGAUCACGAUUCAACCAUUCGUGUUUACCCAACGCCAGGGCUCCAAUCACGCCAGGACCGUUCAUUGAAUUCUAUGCCAUCAAGGACAUCGAGGCUGGCGAAGAGAUCUACUUCUGCUAUAAUGCAGAGCUCAAAGCCAAGACCAAAGAUGAGCGUCGGGAAGCCUUGGGUUUUACGUGCGAUUGCAAAGCGUGUGUGCCUGGAACUCCCUUCCAAGAGCUCAGUGACUUGCGCCGGCGACUGAUUCGCGGAAUACUGUACAUUAUUCGAGGAGUGGACUUGGACGGACGAAUGCAAUCCUCACGGUCACCAGUGAUUGUGAACCCCGAAUUGAAAGCUGCCGCUGAGAAGCACAACAUUCCUCUGUCCUCUAAGUUGGUUCUUCGACUUUUGUCAAUCGUCUUGCUUGAAGAAGAGGGUCUUCUGGACGACUGGGCGGUUGAAAUAGUCGAGACGAGCAUGGUGGAACCGGUGGCUUUGUUCAAGUCAGAAGAGAACCAGCGGAUUUCCCAGGCUGCUCUGGCUCAGGAUACGUGGUUAAAGAAAUUCCAAGGGAUGCUCCAAUUGUACGGACGAGAAGACCCUGCGGAUCUUUUCGUCAGAAUGCUGCAACGGCCGGGUCAAGUGUACGGCGGAGGAGCUAUGUCACUCUGGCCCUGA